AUGUUGGCCAUGCAAAUCUUCAACAAGGCUUCAGCUAUGAACAACAAUGGAGAUGAAAAAUUGCAGGGUCAGGAACCCAAGAAGAUCAAGAGUGGUACCAAGAGCACCAAUGCCAAAUCCACCGUUGCUUCCACCAAAAACAAGCAGACUGCGAAGACGGUUUCAACCCAACGUUCUAGCGCAGGCAAGGAAGUUGCAAAGGCUCAAGGUUCGGCGGUGGUCAAGAAGGAGGAGAUGAGGACUGGAGCGUGA